AUGUUGAUGGCGUCGAAAGGGCAUUUCUUCGGGCAGAUACCGCAACCGAUACACAGGCGCUCAGAGAUGAAGGCAAUCUUGGAGUCGUUGGUGACUUCGAUGCACAGCUUGCCAGUGCGGACUACAGGGCAAGACUUCUUGCAUUCUUGCCUGCAUUUC